AUGUCGUCUGACUACAAUGCUCAUAAUAACUCUCACCCUUCUGACUUCAAUGAUGAGGCUGAGUUAAUCUUAACAGAUGCUAACUUCAGGUUGGAGGACUGCUUAGGGAGGUCUACUCCAGAAAGUCAUAUUGGAUGCCAUGGGUGUGGCCAUGGCAAAAGUGUCCCUGCAUAUUCCUGUAGAUGCUAUCAGCAGAAUUUUGGACAGUUCAAAUCCAAACCUUCAUCUCCAGAUGAUGAGGAGGCAUUUCAGCCCACAGAUUAUGCACCUUGUUCGAAGCGAAAGUGGUCUGAAGAUGAUGGGGGCGUGACUAACAUAGGGGCAACAUCAGUACCUAUUGUUGAGCUUCUGCCUGAAAAACACAUGAAGGUUGAAAGAAAAUUUGAGUCGUUUGAAGGGGAAUUGCUAGCCAAGAUGGCAGCCAUCAUGCAGGAAGUCGUGGGACAUUGUCAAACUCAGGAUAUUGGCACAUCUGCACCCAAGCACAAAUCCGCUGAUUGGAUGAACAAGUUCUUGGACCGUCUCUGGCUCAUUUAUAAGCCUGUUCUUUCUGCUAUUAUUGUCACCUUUGUUGAUAAGAUGCUGAGCACCACUAUUCCUGCCUUCUCGGACUCCUUGCACCUCACAACCUUCACCCUUGGGAUGAAGACUUCCCGCAUAGACAAAGUUAGGACAUCUCCAAGGACUGCUAAUGAUGUUGCCAUGAUGCAGCGCAAUCCCAAAAUUGUUCAAUCUGUUCGCCUGGGCAAAGGUCUUGCCACAGCCUUCAUGCUGAUUCCUGGUUUACAGACUUUCAUUCAGGAUAUAAUUCACUACAUGCUCAGUCCCGUGGAGUACAAGCAGUCCAAGCUAGGUGCUGCGAAUUUCACGAAUCAAGUCUGCUGGAAACAGCGUCUGACAUCAGUCUCGAAUUCUCCCCCAAUACCUCUGAUCAUUAAAUUUCACCCCAUUCAAGUGUGUCGUUCACUGAUACAAUGGAAGAUCUGCCAAUUCUUCGACUAG